UGGGUGUGUGUGCGUGCUGAAGUGCUGGGACUUUUCGGCGCCACAGGAAGCGGCCUCCCUUGGUCUGCACUGUCAACAGUGUCCCGCAGGGCAGUGGACGUUGAACUUUUGAAGGAGGCCCGCGACGCGACGGCGGCCCGAAGGGAGGAGGAAGGCCUCCUUUCCUCCCGCCCUCUCCGCUCGCCCCCUUUCUGAGGGGAAGCAGGCGGCUUCCCGGUCGGGGAACCGCGACUGUUGCUUCGCCAACAGCCGACGUGGACGUGUCGCUUGUAGCUCCACCUGUUGCUUCCCUCACGUCAGGGCCCGGCGGGCUGCUCGUCGUCGCCUGCAGUUCUCCAGGGAAGGAAAAGGCGCAAAGGUGUCUUCCUCGCCUUCCCAGGGUCGACCUGAUUCUCCUCAGGAGGACCUCGGCGCGCCAUGACCGUCGGGGAGAAGCUGAAGGCCAAAUACUCACGGCGUCGUCGAGGACCCGUGGAGGAUAAACUCGCCAUCCUCGAGAAGGAAGAAAAGCAGCCGCAGCAGGAGGAGGAGGAGGAGGCAGGCGAGGGCGGGAAUCCGCGGCGCACGGCCAGUCCCCAGCCUGAGGACGGGGCCGCCUGCGCCUCGAAGAAAGUCUCCUUUGCCAUCCUCUCGGAGAAGUAUGAACCUCUAGGCUGGAGUGGGGAGAAGGCGCCGGCCGGGGAAGAGGCGCGCAAGGGCAAAAAGCGCAAGAGGAAGCUCAAGAAAUACGGCAAGAAUGUAGGCAAAGCACUGCAAAAAGGCUGUCGUUAUCUGAUCCUUGGCCUCCAGGGUUUAGCCAAUGCCUACUCAUCGCCACUUGGAGUGGCUGUUUCAAUAGCAACCGUGUUUCGUUAGAUGUGCAGCCUGUGACCUCUGACACGAAGAUGCCAACAGUGACGGACAUGACAGAUUCUUCUUUGCUCACACACUUUGCCUUCAUAAGUGCCUGCAAGCUGGCAGUAAGAACAAAUGUAUCAGAUUAAACAUUUGGGGUGACAUAUUUGCUCUUGUUUGAGCAAUUUUCUUACUGUUUUCAUAAGCACUUUGUGGGAAAUCAUAUCAAAAGAACGUGUGAUACCAAAGGUAUAAAACUUUUAUUAGGUAGGCCAGAACUUAUAGUACUUUUACACAUGUACAUGUGCACAUACUUGUAAAAGCUGUGGAGGAAGAGGAGGGGAGCAACAGGAGCAAGAGAGAGGAAAAGUUGGAGAAGGAAAAGAAAGAAAAGGAAGGCAA